GUUAUCCAUUUUUGUACUAAACAGAUAUAAUAUAUAUAGAUAUCUGAUAUUGAUAAGAGGCAUAAAAGAAUGUCUGACAAUAUCCCAUGUUAGGUUGAAAAAUAGAUCAUGUAUUAAUAAAUAUAUGCAUAUACCCGCUCUUCAUACUCCAUAUUUUACCUGCAUAAGAAAAUAACAUAUUGUCUUUCAGGUUUUAUGUCUCUUAAUUCCGGUUCAAAUUUUUAAAACACCAAUAGAUAGGAAGAAUCCGGAAGAAUCUUAUCAAAAAUAUUUUUUUCUACGAUUAUUAUUACGCGAAAGAGAGAUCCAUUGCCAUUUGCCUCAUGCAUACGAAGUGUAAUGGAAAGUUUAUUAAUUAAUAGAUGAUUCAGGUGAUAAAUAUAACCGAUAAGUAAAGUCGUAUUUAUGUCAUUAACGUUAAUCUGUUUUCGUAAUGCUAACUUUCUUAUGCUGUAAAAGUGUUUAUGCGCGGAGUACGUUUUGACGAAGACUAUCAUAAACAGUAAUUAAGUUAUUAUGAACGUUAUUACGAUUCGAACGCGUAUUGUGAGUGUCUCGUUAAUUCGCCCCGGCAUGCACGCACACCGGGAACACCGUGCACGCCCACGGCUCGAUUGUGAACGAGUGUGAACGCGAGCGCUCUGGCGAGCGCGAGUCCGUGAGUUGUUGCUCGCGCGAGUCGUUCCUCGGCCAUUCGCGACGACACAUCCCUCGCGCGAGAGAAGGUGAGAGACAGAGAGAGAAACUGGUAAAUAUUUUUCAUCAGAAACUCGUGGGAAUUAAUGAUCAGAUGGAGCCUCUCUGGGAAUCGCACGGCCGUCACAUAAACGAGGCUAGCUUGCGAAGAGGGUCAGAUACCAGCGUCGUCCUAACCGAGGAUACAGACAGCUUUAAAAUUGGAGACCGAGUAUGGGUCGGCGGCACGAAACCAGGCACGAUCGCUUAUAUCGGCGAGACCAAAUUCGCCCCUGGGGACUGGGCAGGAGUCGUCCUGGACGAGCCCAUCGGGAAGAACGACGGUUCGGUGGCGGGUAGCCGGUAUUUUCAGUGCGAGCCGAAGAAAGGAAUCUUCUCGAGGCUCACCAGACUCACCAGAUACCCGUUGGGCGAUCAUCAGACUAGCGUGAUCACAUCGCCGUCGACGCCGCCCGACAGCACCAGGAGCGGCUACCUCAGCAAAUCCAUGUCGUCGUCAUUGAAUGCAUCGACGACAAGUCUGUCGUCAACGACCCAAAGGGGCGAGCUGAGGAUAGGUGACCGGGUGAUAGUAUCGUCGAGCCAGGGCAGCAAAACCGGCGUGCUCAGAUAUCAGGGUACCGCAGAGUUCGCCGCCGGCGAAUGGUGCGGCGUGGAGCUGGAUGACCCGAUCGGCAAGAAUGAUGGCUCUGUCAAUGACAAAAGAUACUUCGAGUGCUUGCCCAAGCACGGCUUGUUCGCGCCCGUGCACAAGGUCAGCAAGUCGCCGUUCAGCAAGAGGCCGUCCAUAUGCGUGGUGCACAAGCCGAGCGGCGCCGCCCUUAAUGUCACCAGCCUCCAGAAGAGGAGCGGCUCGCGCGAGUCGCUCGCCUCCAGCCUCGCCUCAAGCGUCGUCAGCGCGAGAACGAGCCCGGCGAGCGGCACCACGGCGAGGGAGGUUUUGAAAGAGAAGCAACAGGAGAUCGAGUUCCUGCGAAAGGAGCGGGACCUGGAACGCGAGAGAGUCACCAAAGCGGCGAAUCAAGCUGACCAAGCGGAGCAAUCGGCGCUUUCGAUCAAGCAAGAAUAUGAGAAGUAUCGCGAGCAGAUGCAGCAAACGGUCAACGAAGCGGAGCUCACCGUCGCCAAGCUCCUCAGCGAGAAGGUCGCGCUGGUGGUGCAGCUGGAAGAGGAGAAACGGAAGUGCGAGGAUCUUCUGUUUCGUUUCGAAGAGGAGUCCGUGAAUAAAGACGACAUACAGAAAGAGAGAUCUGAGCAAAGUGUCAUAAAUACUGUAAAUGAAAGUAGGAUCAAAGAGCUCGAGGAUAAGCUUGCGGAGGAGCGGCGGGAGCGUGCCGCUCAGACGGAACGCGACAGCAUCAAACUCUUCGAGGCCGAGGAGGAAUUGGCGCGGCUGCGUAACGAGAUCAGUUGCGCGACGAACUCGCAAAAUUCCCAGCUUCAAGAUCUAGAGAGCCGUAAUCAGAGCUUGGAGGAGAUUAAGAGCAGUCUGGAGAAAGAAGUGCAGGAGAAGUCAAGUCUGGUGGGCGAAUGCGUGGAACGUAUCCGGGAAUUGGAGCUUGUAUUGAGCAAAACGCAGCAGGAGAGCACGACGCACAGAGAUUCCGAGAGUUGUCUAGAGAAGGAACUAGGAGCUGUCAAACAAAACUUGCAAGAUAAAGAGACAUUGGUGGAGAAUAUGAAACAGGAGUUCGAGAGGAAUACCAGUGCGUUAAACGAGGAGCUGCGAAAAUCGAAAGAAACGAUCGAAACGAUGAAGAGAGAGAGCUUAAGCGAAAAAGAUUCACUACUGUCGGAGUAUCGGCGGACAAUCGAGGAGAAAGAUCAGUUGAUCAAAGAAAAGACUGAAGAGCUGGAGAUUAAGUCCAAGAAACUGUUAGAGCAGCAGAAUGUGACUCUGGAGGGCUUGAAGGCCGAGAACGUUAACCGUAUCCGUCAACUUUCGGAAUCUUUCGAGCAGCAAUUGCGAGUGAAGGACACAAAAAUCGAGGAGGUCUCGCAGAAACUUGGGCAAAAAGUGUCGGAGACCGAGAGACUGUUGGCCGAAUUGGCCGCUGAACGAGAGCUCUGCAAGAAGAAGGACGAGGAACUCGUUAGCGCUUUACGAAAAUUGGAAGAACUAAAUACGAGGCUCAAACUAGCCGAAGACAACAACAGCGUGUUGUCAAAACAAAUUCAAGACUACAGGUCCACGAGUGACGACAACAUCAGGAUUAUUCAUGAAAAGCAAAAGUUGGAACAAGAUUUAGCCAGUUUAAUCGCUUCGGAGGAAGAAUCCACCGCACGGUUAAACAAAUUAAGCGAGGAACUGAGAGUGAAGGACAAAGAGCUCGCGGAAUUGCGAAAUGCUACUUUGGCUCAAAUAGAAGAAAUAACCAAACGUUUUGAGGCCCAAAUUAAUGACAAAACAAAAUAUAUUGAUGAGAUAAACGCAGAUGUAGCGCAAAAAGGCUUGAUACUCAUUAAAUUGGAGAAAGAUGUCGCCGAUUUGAAGGCGAUUAUAGCGAGCAAAGACGAAGAGAUUAAACAUCUUCUCGAGAAGACUUUAGAAUUGCAAGACGCCCUCACAUUAUCCGAGCAAACGAAAACAAAUUUAGAGAGCGAACUUCGCGUAUUUGAGUCGAAUGUGCAGAAAUUGAAUCAACAAAUUGCGAGGGCGGAGGAAAAAGUAUCGCAACUCUCAUUGCAGAAGGAAAAACUGGAGUCUGAUAUAGCGAGCGCGAUCAGCACUUCCGCUGAUUCGUCGGAACAAUUGUCGAGGUACAACGAGGAUUUGCGGAGAAAGGAGAAGGAAUUAGACGAAGCUCGCGAGAAGAUUUUUCAAACGGAAACUACGUUGAAGCAAACGGAGGGAAAGCUGUCCAGUACCGAGACGGAAUUAAACAAGAACACGACGUUAGUCGAGCAACUGUGUUCAGAGAAAAAAAACUUGGAGUCGCAGAUAGACGAGGCUAAAAAGUCGAAUGCAGAUUAUAUUAAUAAGAUACGCGAAUACGAACAAGAAAAGAGUGAAUUAUCGGCGAAGGUAGAAGAAGGUGAACGCGCAAAGAAAAAUUUGAAGGAGAUAUCUGGUGAAUUCACCGAUCUUACGGAGCGACUGAGGCAGAAAGACAAAGAAAUCGUUAAUCUUCGCGGAGAGUGUGAAACCUUGCAGAAUUCUUGCCAAGAAGAGACAUCCUCGUUACAGAAAAAAAUUACGGAUCUGUCGACCGAAUUAUCGACCUCGCACGAUGAAAUAAAAAAUCUGCAAAAGUGUAAAAGCAAACUCGAGGCUGAUCAAAGCGCGAAUCGUUGGUCGAUCGAGGAAUUGACGGAGAAAUUGAAAUCCGAGUCGGAUAAAACGUUGAAAUUGGAGAACUCGAUUCAGGAGAAGAAUUCGAAACUUCAGGAUGUGGAAAAUAAGUUAUCGGAAUUACAGAAAAUGCACGACGCCUUAGUUAGCGACAAAGCGAUUGCCGAUAAGAAUUUAACAACGUCUUUAAAUACUAUGACUAGCACAAUGGAAGAGUUGAGGAAUAAGUUGAAGGACGCCGAAGGGACGAUUAAAGAUAAGACGGACGAAGUAUCAAAGACGAGAGCGGAGGUGGAAAAUUCACAGACUCAAAUAGCCGAAUUAAAUGCUACAAUUUCUUCCAUGAAAGAAGAGCAUACUCGUAAUAGCAAUGAACUGACGAACGCACAAGAAGCGAUUGCACAGAAACAAAGCAAAAUAAAUGAAUUGUUCGAGACCAAGACUGUUCUGGAGAACUUAGUGAAGUCACUGGAGACUCAGUUAUCGAAUUUGCACGAAGAAUUGGACAAAAGAGAGAAGUUGCGGACAGAAACGGAAGUUAAGAUAAAAGAAUCGGAAACUUCCAAGGAGGAAGAGAUACUGAAGCUGCGAAAUUCCUUAGAGUGCGAAAUUGCGGCUAAGCAGAAGAAGAUUGACGACAUAAAUAAACAAAAUGGAAAAUUGGAGGACAAGUUGCGAUUGUCGCGAGACGCCGUAGAUAAGAACAAAAUCGAUUUAGAUGAUAAGGAAGCUAUUAUCGAUAAAUUGAAGGCGCAAGUGAAGGUUCUGGAAGACGCGCAAGUGGAGAGAGUCAAGGCAGAGCAGCAGUUGCGGAACGAGGAAAUCAAGCUGAAGCAGAAUGAGCUGAGCGGCGCGAACAAGCGAAUCCACGAGCUACAGCACACGGUGAACACGCUUGAGAAGCAAUUGAGAGAACAGGAAACGAAAUCGGCCGAUCUGGCGAGAACUAUGGAGAACAAUGAGAAAGAGGUGAACAAGAACAUGCAGAACUUGCAGGAGAGGCUGAACGUUGCCAAGGUGGAAGAGACGCGACUUCUGGACGAGCUGAGUCGACUGGAGAAAGAGAACAAGCAGAUUACCGCGAAAUGGACGGAGGCGACGAAUCAGUUAAAGUUAUCGCACGAAAACCUGAAAAACACUUACGACGGCACGGGCGACACGAAACAGCACAUUGUCGCAAAGGAUAUCGACGUCGCAAAGUUACAAGAGGAGAACGACACCGCCAAGAGCCAGAUAGACUUUUUGAACUCCGUGAUAGUUGAUAUGCAACGCAAGAACGAGAGCUUGUUGUGCAAAAUCGAGGUUCUCGAGAUGGGAGUCCCCGCGAACGAGGCCGAGGACUACACUCGAAGCACGCUGGACAAGCGAACAGCGGCGCCCCGUAUGUUCUGUGAUAUUUGCGAUCAAUUCGAUCUGCACGAAACGGAAGACUGUCCCCGGCAGGCCCAGGAUUUCACGGGGACUAUCGAAAAAGCGGUACCGAAAACUCCGAAGAAGCAAUCCGUGGAGAGGCCGUACUGCGAGAACUGCGAGAUGUUCGGACACGACACGCGCGACUGCGACGAUGCCGAGACAUUUUAACGUUGCGUCCGUAGCCUUGUUCCGUUUGCUUGCCAAGUAUGUCCCAUAGCUGUAAAGAGAUCUGUUAAAUUUUACAGAGUAUAUUUUUGUAUGCCAGAUUUUUCGAUUUGGAUCAUAAAUCCGAGUAUGAGUCUUCCCGCGUAGAACGGGCACAACAGAGAAAUUUUCGUAAAAAUCGUAAAAAUUUAUGUUCCCUCCAAAUCGUGAUUAUCAGGCCACCCUCUACAAAAAUUUCAACGAUAUGUAAUUAUUCUUAUUUUUUCUAGUUUGAUUAUAAUAAAUAUAUUUAUUAAGUUAUUUUUUUUACGUAAUUUAUUGCCACAAAAUAUUGACACUAUAUAAGUUUAAUUUAUAAAUUACGUUAGACUUUUUUUUACUAAUUGAAUUAUAUUCUUAUUUUUUAAUUAAUUUAAUUUGAAUGUAAAAAGUAAAAGGAUAUCGAUACUCUCAGUUAAAGGUAAUUUAUUGUUAAUUUCAGAUGUAUUUGAAGGGAACAUACAUUCGUUUUCCAGCUUUAAUAUCUAUUUUAUAACAUGUUGCGAAUUACGUAAUUUUGUAUAUAAUAGGUACUCGAAUUAAUUAGUUAUCCUUUUAUUUAAUAUUUAUUUUUCACGGCCUUAAGAAGAUAGUUCCUGUAGUGCACGCUGGUUAAAAGCGGAAUAUUGGACGUGAGGUUGUUCUUCGAUAAUUAAUUCACACUUCUCUUGAAUAUGAUAUAUUCUCAAAAUACUCUUCGCUGAGAGAUUCUUUAUAAUCUUCAUCUAAGAAGAAAAUAAAAAGAAAGAAGAAGAUUGAAAUAUAUAAUAAGUCUCGAGCACAUUUGAAGCUGAUUUACGAAAAUAUCGUGGCCUGCUGUUAUCUUGCCUUCCGUUACGAAUCUUAGGGUUGAAAUAUAUUUUCUAAGUCGAUUAUAUUGUUGUAACAUGUGAUGCAUUAACGAUAAUGCUUUGUAGAUAAGAAUAAAACAAAAUGUUUAUGCGAAGUAA